AAAACACGAUGGUGGACUUCAACCAACACUCACUCUGCCACUCCGCUGGUUUUUGUGUAUAAAUCUUUCAUUAGCUUACUACCUGUUAGUUUGAAGCAGAAUUUAGUUAAUAUCUUCCAACAUUUUAUUUCAGACGUAGACGAAUGCCAGAUGAGCACUCACAAUUGUAGCGACAAUGCCACCUGCAUUAACACCGAGGGAUUCUUUAACUGUAGUUGCAAAACAGGGUACAGAGGAAAUGGCUACAACUGUACAGGUUGGUGCUUUUAAAACUCUUCUCAUUUUUUUUUACAUUUUUAAGGAUUUUUUAUUGAAAAAAAUAACAAACAAACAAACAAACAACAACAACUUACAACAAAAACAUUUUCAUCGCUCGGCUGUGCUGAGUCAGUCGCGUGCUAAGGUUUCUGCAGGUUUCACCAAUGUACGUAGGCUGCAGUCGCAGCAUUUGAUCUUGUAUACUGCUGCCUGUCUCUAUUCCGGUUUGUUUUUGUCCCCGACAAUCAUAUCCAACCUUGUUAUGAAAUGACUUGAGCUCCUAGGUUCAAACUUUUCACAAUUAAUAUGAGUAACGUAAGCAACUACAAUGAGAAUAACAGACAAGAAACUUUUAAAAAAUAUUAUAAAAAAACUAGUAAUAAGAACAAUUGACUUGAAAAAAGAGGCAAUGAGGAAUUAGUAACGAAUUCGUUACAAUGGGGACUAAGGGGUAUGUAGUAAAUUCGAGACUUUCCGAGACUGGAAAUUCGAGACCGAGACUUAUAACAAGCGAUUUAUCAAUUCCAAGCUCGAGACUGGAAAAUUCCGAGCGGGACACUCCAAGCGUCAAAAAUUUCUAGACAAUGGUACUAAUAAAGCUAAACAAAAUGUCCGAAAUCGUAACUGGAAGCUAGCGAAAGCCCACUUAUAGCACUUAUUGUGGCUAGCGAAAGCCCACCGAUAUACUGCUUUGUCUUGUUUACUGUUUUAUGUCUCUUAUUUACUGGCUCAGUUUGGUAAGCUGUGGGAUACAUAAACUCUGAAAACUUCGACUCCAGAAGACCGAAAAAGAAAAAAACAAAACAAAACACGACAAAUCCGAGACUCCUAGACCCGUUGGCAUAAGAAUUCGCGACUCAGAGGCCCAAAAGUCACCCGAAAACGAGACUUCGAGACCCAUCUGCUUCCGAGAUUUUGAGAUCGGCCAAAAGUUUUCGAGAUCCAUGCCACGUUUUUUGAAGUACCAUCAUGAUUCUAUAUCCCUAAACUAGGACAAUGAACUGAAUGAAGAAAUACAAUUAAAAAAAAACUAGUAAUCUACGUGUUACGAAGAUGAGAUACAAUCAAAUAAAAGUUUGAAGGCAGGUUAAACAACAACAAGAACAACAACAAAAAAACAAUAAGUGCUAUAUCCCUUCAGGCUUAUGAAAUAUUGCACUCUUCAUGCACAGUAAUAACAAAAUCACAGGGCGAGCUCUUAAACAAUUUGUGUCUAAUUCCCAUUUCGGGGCUUUUGAGUAGGUAAAAAGGUAUAAAACCAAAAAGGCCGAAAGUACUGUUAAAAGUACUUUUCCCUUCUUCUUCUUCUUCUUCUUUAUAUUCUUUUUUGUAGAUAUUGACGAGUGCGCCAGCGGCACUGACGACUGCCACAGUUCAUUAGCUUCAUGUACAAACACUGUGGGAUCCUUUAGUUGUACAUGUAACAGUCCCUACAAUGGAGAUGGCAGAACUUGCAAUCUACCGGAAGGUAAUUAUUAGUCAAAAUAUUAGGAAAAUGUUGACUUUAAUUACCAGACCCUUACGCUUGUUAGCUAACUAGCAAUUGUUGCAUACGGCUGAUCUCUCCGGGGGGAGAGGGGGGGGGGGGGAGGUACUUCCAGAAAAAUUGGGUGUGGGUUUGCGGUACGCUUCCUGAAACCCUCUCCCUAUUUCAGACCAAAAUCUGUGAUUUUCCCUACCCUAUUUCAGACCUGACCCUUAAAACAAUACCCUAUUUCAGACCUGCCUUAUAAUCAGUUCCCUACGUCAGACCAGUGUUAUAAAUAGAGGAUAUUACACGGUGGCGCGAAGAUAUGAAUUUUAUUUUCGAGUGGCAAAACAAUAUUUUACGAACGAGCGCAGCGAGUGAGUAAAAUAUUGUUUUUGCCACGAGAAAAUAAAAUUCAUAUCUUCAAGCCGCCGUGUAAUGUUCUUUUUAUUAUAUAGACAAAAAGACAUCGAUAAAGUCAUGAUAGAUUAUUCGCCAAAAAGUAAUUGUCACGACUCAAAUUUACAGUACAGCAAUACAAGACAUUGUUUACAAUAAUCUUGAGAAAUAACACUGAGCUGAAAAGGGCUCUACAAUGACAAAAUAUAAGUAAAGCUUUGAAAAAUGUGUAAUUGAAAUUCAAAGGACGCAAGACGCCUACAAAUUUUGGAGGGAAAUUACCGAAAUUACGUCAUCGAUAAACUCACGUGUGAGAUUAUGGAAAAUAAACCACUCGGGUCCCGGAUGUAGUUUUUAUGAAUUUUACGAGUGGUAUAUUUUCCAGUAAAACACUCGUGUCUAUAUAAUAAAUAGAGAAUAUUACACGGUGGCGAGAAGAUAUGAAUUUUAUGUUCGAGCGGCAAGAACAAUAUCUCACGAGUGAGCGCAGCGAACGAGUGAGAUAUUGUUCUUGCCACGAGAACAUAAAAUUCAUAUCUUUGAGCUAACGUGUAAUAUUCUUUUUAUUAUAUAAACAUACUGAUGACGGCGUUUUUGAUGAUUUUCCGAAGAUUUCCGACCACCUUCCGAAGAUUUCCGAAGAUUUUUCAAAUUGUCCCGAAGACCAGACGAACGUUCCCGAACAUUUUCCGAAAAUUUCCGAAGAUGUCCGAAGAUUGCCGAAGAUUGCCGAGCACUUUCGAGGAAGACCCGAAGAUGUUUCGAUGAUACACCAACGAAUUUAAGUACAAUUUAAGAGACAAACCUGAUGUCAGUGAAAUUAUCGAUAUCUUUACAUGUUUUGUCUUGCUUCUUCGUUUAUUCGUUUGAAUGUGUAUUUGUUUAUUUAUCACAGCUUAAAUAUAUUCUUUAUUUGUGUGUUUUUAUUUGCAUUUGUUUGUUUGUUUAUAACAACUUUGAAAUCUAGUUACUUUUCCUCAUGUCGCAUUUACUCAGCGCGAUUAGCUUUAAUUUGCUAUUUCUGAGUGGCUGUGCUCUCUUUCUUUCACAUUAUUAUUUCCUUUAAAUGACUCUACACUUUUGUAUCAAGAGCACGAUAAGCAUUGUUGUUAUUGUUGUUGUUGUUGUUGCUUCUUGUCUAAUGAAGUUUUGAUCAUUUUUAACUAUUGUCUGUUUUAUGUCAGAAUGUCAAAAUUACUGGAGUCUGAGCAAUGCUGACAGGAAUAUAAUUUAUGGAAGGCCCAACCGUCAGUGUGACAGCGGUAUCGGCCCUGGAUGGUUUCGUUUUGAAGGGUCCGCCGGCACAAGAAUGCCAACUUCAUGUCCACCUUUUCACAGGUGUAACACUGACUCACCUGGCUGGAUGGAUGGUAGCCACCCUACAGUAGCAGAUGGUCAGGUCAGCAGGCGGGUGUGUUUUCCCUGGAGUAACUGCUGUCACUGGCCAGUAAACAUCACAGUGAGAAAUUGUGGUUCAUAUUAUGUGUACUAUCUUAGUAGUGCACCUAGCUGUUAUCUCCGUUAUUGUGGCACUAACUAA